AUGUGUACCGUUAAGUGGUUUCGGUUGUUCGUGGUGCUCACUACCUGUUGGGCUCAGGAGGGAGAGUGGAGUGAAGAUGCAGAGGAUCUUGUAUCAACAGUGGAUGUGGACGCAGUCCUGGGUCGAACGGCGUCUUUGCCAUGUGAUGUCACACCGGAUGCCAAUGAAGACCGAGUGUACAUGGUGUUGUGGUUCCGUGCCGGAAAGAACACCGGUGGCAAGCCUAUUUACAGCUUCGAUGUCCGUGGGCGGUCGUUUAAUAAGGCCCUUCAAUGGUCCGACCCUAAUGUGUUUGGGCCGCGAGCCUACUUCGCGACCGUCGCUCGCCCUGCGUCGCUCACACUUGAUACAGUUCAGUUGGAUGAUGAAGGAGUGUAUAGAUGUCGGGUUGACUUCAAGAAUUCACCAACGCGCAAUUUUCAAAUUCGUCUCUCAGUUAUAGGCUACAUUAAUUAUAUCUUUCACAAGUUCCGGAAACAAUGGGAAUUGCAGCAGAUGUUCCUUUUCCCCAAAAACUUAAGCACAGCGUUUGCCUCAGAAUAUAUAAGGAGUCUUAUCUAA